AUGGCAGUGUAUUUGAUAAGGUCUUGUUCUUGGCUUCUGAUUGUGUUAACUCUCUUUAUACAUGCAGAUUGUGGUGACAUUGUAAAAACUCUUCCUGGCUUUCCUGGUGAACUUCCAUUCACACUUGAAACGGGUUACAUAGGGGUGGAACAUUCUGAACUAUUCUAUCUUUUUGUUGAGUCAACUGGGAAUCCAAAAACUGAUCCUCUUCUUCUAUACUUAAUUGGAGGUCCUGGCUGUUCUGCUUUAAAUGCAUUUUUCUUUCAAGUUGGUCCAUUAGCUUUCAAUGAGGCUGAUUAUACAGGGGGAUUACCACAAUUAAUCCUAAGGUCUUACCCAUGGACAAAAAGUGCUAGCAUUAUAUUUCUAGAUGCACCAGUUGGUACUGGAUACUCAUAUUCUACAUCCCCUGAAAGUUUGGUUCCAUCCGACUCAAUGUCAGCAAGACAAACGUACAAAUUCUUGAGACAGUGGUUGAUGGAACACCCUCAAUAUCUUCUGAAUCCAGUGUUAAUUGUCGGUGAUUCAUAUAGCGGUAUGCUUGCACCAAUAAUUUCGAAGCAUAUAUUAGAUGGAAAUGCAGCUGGACCAAAGCCAUACAUAACUUUAAUAGGAAUGAUAGGUGGAUCUCCUGUUACAAGUAUAGCACUGGAAAAUAAUACAAAAAUAAUCAUGGCUCACCGAUUGACACUUAUAUCAGACAGUCUCUAUGAGGAAGCCAAGGAGAGCUGUGAAGGAUGGUAUAUUGAUGUAAACCCUUCAAACACUAAAUGUGUGAAAGCACUUCAAGAGAUUGAUGAGUUGCUGACUGAUAUUAAUGUUGCAAAUGUUCUGGAUCCCAAUUGUGAAAGACUAUCACCAAAACCAAAUGAUACACGAUCUAGAAGAGUUCUCAAAGGAAAGGAAACAAAUUUCCAAUGGCAGUUCCAAAAGCAACACCAUCAGAAAUGGUGGUGCAAGAGUUAUGUUUAUCUGCUUUCUUAUAUAUGGGCGAACGAUGAGAAAGUUCAAGAAGCACUUCAUGUUAGAGAGGGAAGAGUAAAAGAAUGGUAAAGGUGCAACACAGUCUUGCAGGACAUCUACAACAAAGAUAUUUCUGAUGCCAUUGACUACCAGAAGAAUCUUACUCAAACAAACUUAAAAGUCUUGCUAUAUAAUGGUGAUCAUGAUCUCGUGGUCUCGCACAUAUCUACAGAAACAUGGAUAGGUACUCUUCAUCUGACUGUCGAAGAUCCAUGGCGUCCUUGGUUUGUUGAUGGUCAAGUUGCAGGGUAUCAAGUCCAAUACUCCAACAUAGGAUACCGUUUGACUUAUGCAACGGUGAAGGGAGCAGGGCAUUCUCCAACAGAGUACAACAACAGGGAAUGCUUUGAAAUGUUUGAAAGAUGGAUCCAUUUUUAUCCUCUUUAAUCUGCUUGCUUACUGUUUUUUUCCCAAAUUUCCUAGCUGUUGUCAUUUUAAUAUCAUUGGCCUAAUUUAUUUAUAUAUUUAUCAGUUCAUUGCAAGCACUCUUUGUAAUCACGUGUUAAAAUUUACUUAACUCAAUUGACUAGAGAUUUUGAGUAAA